AUGCUGUUUGGUGGGAGUGAUCUGCUGACAUUAUUACACACUGUACUGGCUCGCUGCCCCGCCGUGCUGCUGGGCUCGCGUCCUGGGGUCAUGCUGUGGGGCCGGGUCAUCGUGCUGUGGGGCUGUGCAUUGGCCCGUGGCAUGGGGUCAUUCUGUGGGGCCAUGCUGUGGGCUGUGUCUUCAGGUCUGUGCUGUGCUGUGGGUCUGUGCUGUGGGGAUGUGCUGCGGGGCUGUGUUGUGCCUGUGCUAUGGGGUUGUGCCUGUGCCGUGGGGCUGUGCUGUGGGGCCGUGCUGUGGGGCCAUGUGCUGUGCUGUGGGUCUGUGCCAUGGGCUGUCUUGUGGGGCUGGGCUGUGGGCCUGUGUCGUGGGGCUGUGCGGUGGGGCUGUGACUGUGCUGUGGGGCUGUUCCGUGGGGCUGUGCCUGUGCCGUGGGGCUGUACCAUGGUCUGUUCCGUGGGGCUGUGCUGUGCCUGUGCCGUGGGGCCGUGCCGUGGGGCUGGGCUGCGCCACGGGCUGUGCCUGCGCUGCGGUUCUCCGCCGGUGGCCGCCAGAGGGCAGAGCCGCCCACGGCGCCGGGCGGCGCGGCGCGAGCGGUCGGGGCUCCGUGCCUCAGUUUCCUCACGGGGUGCGCUGGGGCCGCGCCCUCACCCGAUGCUGAUGAGGCUCAGGGCAGGGCUGGCGGGGGGGGGGCAGAGCGGAACUCGGGGGCACCCUCAGGGUGCAGGGAGAGCUCAGCCCCUGGUGCCAUGCUGCCCACCCUUGCCCGCGGGUAGGGGAGCGUGGCAGCACCCACCCCAGCAGCACCCAUCCCAGCAGCACCCUGGCGUCGAGCGGGCUGCCCUGGGCUUCCCGCAUCAAAGAUGCACUGGUGUGGCCGGCGAGCGCUGGCACGCUGCUCCUGCUCCCUGCCCGGCAGCCCACGGGCUCCCCACAGAACGCACUUGGGUGGCGAGGCGGCUGCGGAUUCCCGCUGCGCUGCCCUGCGGCCGGGCAUGGGGCCCGGGUGGCGUGUCCUCAGCCGAGCUUGCACCACGUGGGGAGGGAUGGUGUGGGGACAGGCAAGUGGGGACAGGCCCCAGACACUGCUUCGCUUUCGCUGUGCCCCCCACCUGUGGGUCUGGGUCCAGGUUCGGGGCGGAUUCGCCAGUGGGGCUCAACCUCCUUUGUUCCUGCAGGGUUUUCCAGCAGGGAGGCUGGGGGCUUGCUGCCUCCACCCGGGGGAAAGCCCCUGGCAAGUGUUCGCCCACACGAAGCCUGGGAAGGGGCAGCAGUGCUGAAGCUAGGGAAAUUCCUUGGGGUUGCUCCUAG